UGUGGUGGUGAGGAAGUGAAACAUGGUAUUUUGGAAAAGUUCAGUAACAAAAUUUUGCUAUCAGUUUCUUUACUUUAAAGUCUGAAAAUGCAAAAAUGUAGUGUACCCCACUCUGUUUCUGAGCACUGUGGUAGGCCAGUUUCUUUCUUUCAUUCAUUCAUUCAUUCAUCUUGAUGAAUGACAAUUGCGAAAUUGUCGCAAUUAGCCUUCAUAUAUCCGUCAUAUCUCUUCCUGUGCUGGAGGAAAUGCAGACCACCCACGGAACAAAUGAAACCUUAAAUACACACUCAGCAAUCUUAUUCUAUUAGUUCCUCUUAAAAGAUUUUUCUUUUUUUUUUUUUUACAGAUGGCUUUGUUUGCUUCAGAUUGAAAUGCGUUCAUCGCAAAGAGUUAAAAGAUGGAGGACUUAAACACGCUUAAUGUUUGCCAUUUAUAUUAAAAUAUAUUUAAAAAGACAGUUGGUGUCAUGCCUUUUAUUCUGUUCAUACCACAACAAUUUUCCAACAAGUAAAUUUUUUUUUACUUAUUAUAGAAUUACCGGCCAAUCAGAAUCUACCUGCUCAUCUCACAAUUGGCUGAAUAUCCUGCCGCUGUCUUUGUGGGAAGGGAUCCUGUGGUGAGCCAGCCAGGGAGCGAUCAAGCAGUCAAAGCUCAGCAUGUGCGGGACUAGUAAACACAGAGCUGUCGUAGUUGUUCGACAAAUGUGUGACAUUCAUUAAAGCAUCUUUCACUCGCAAAAUUUAUUUUUACGUGCUGAAAAUCCUCUGUGCAAAAGGCUGUGCGUAUGAAAUACCUUUUUUCACACGCGUGUGAAAUGUUCUGAAUUUUGACACAAAAAUAACGCCGUAGUAAGACAUUAGACUAACAUCAGUCUAAUGUGUGUGUAUCUGUGUUCUCUCCAGAACAGCCUUCAGCAAAGAUUAGUUGCAAGGGUGCAUGAUUUUGAAACGAGUAAUCAUUUUGAAAGAAGAAAAACUUGCAUUACUGUAGAAAUACUCUAGGAAUUGUAUGUUUGUGUGUGGGGAGGGAAAAAACAUGAGAAUAAAAGAGAGUAAACAGCGCCUCCAAGCUGCAAAUAUGAUUAACUGCGUGUGUUAUUCAGUGAAGAGUGGUAACAAUUUGGGAUUUGGGUUAUAAAGUGUAAAAGUAAAUUUUACAUGCAUGUAUAUGCAAAGUAACCAUGUUAACACCUAUGAUGACAUAAAAUAAUGAUGCUUGGCACACACGGGGAUGCAGUUAGUCCUAAUUAAGGUCCGAACAGAGCUGUAAAGAGUUUCCUUUUUUUCCUUCCUUGUGUCCUUUUUCGGAGCGUUUGGGAGGCACAGAGGAGCUCCAGUCCCUCUCACUGCACACAUGGAGGGGUACAAACAGACCGCUGCUUUUCUCGGUGUUAUAUUAUUUUUGACUGAAUAUUAGCGAAAUGAAGCGGUGUAAAGUUCGGUUGCUAGGCAACGCCGUUAUUAUGUUUUUUUACACUGAUGACUUCUAAACGUGACGUUUGCGGCUCAUACUGACGGCGAGAAAACUGCGUUCAAAAGACUUUUAUUUCUAAUUUACAGGGAGUUAUUUCUUUAUUAUCGUUUCCCCCUCUAUAGUGCAUGUCCUUUAAGAGUUGUUGGCGGUGAAUAUGAAAGCAGAGGAGGUGUUCAAGAUGGAGACGCGACUGCAGCAGGAGGGUCUGUGUUUGGAGUUCUCCUCCGACUUGGAGCGAUUGGACCGUCUGUGGCGUCUCUUUGUCGAGAAGGAGAACAGUGUGAGGAUGCUCACUCGGGAACUUGAGGAACUGCGAGCUAAACACGCUGCUGAAAUCGACACGGUUCAGCUGUACAUCCAGAACAUCCGGAGUCUCUCGAAGACACGGGACUCGAUGGCGCUGGAGCUCAAGCGGGAAAACGAAACGCUCCGCUCUGACCUGACGGAGCUCAAUCUGCAGCAAGGUUCUCUCUCUUUCCAAUAUAUAACAGAAAUGCCUUAUUAUAAUGUUCCGGUAAACGCGCAUCUGCUUCCGUUUGUGUACACAGAGGCUCAGAAGAGUGAGAUAGCGGAGAUGUUGGUGCAGGAGGGCUUGGAUGAGGUCAUGACCAGCAGCCUGAGCGAGCAGGUGGCUUACCUCCUCGCAGACCGAGCUGCUCUCAUGGAGAAGAUUCAAACCCUGGAAGAUGGGGACUCGAAGACCCUAAACGUAAAGUGCACUCAGAAGCGAAGAACUCCUGAUGACAAUGCAGAAAAGGUGGCACCACUGCGAGGUCAGAGCCCUUGGAAGAGGUUGCUUGGUUUCAGAAAGGCUGCACAGGCCAAGCAGGAUGAUAACCAAGACAACGAAGACAAAACAUCUAAAGACAGAAUGUGGAGUUUGCUGGAGAGGGAUCUGGAUGAGGCCUCCACCAGGCUGAACCUGGCUCACAAGGAGAUCCGCCGCCUCACUGACGAGCUUGAGUCGGCUCACCUGACCAAGAGUACCUACGAGUCAGAGCUCCAUGGAGCACAGGUAGAUGCUGAGCAGCUUCGGCACGAGAUGGAGAAGCUGAAACGCUGUGAUUUGGCCGAGGUUCAGGCGGUUAAAGAGAUGAAUGAGGUCCUGGAUGCGGAGAUCCGUCAUCUGAGGGACAGCGUUCACACCAUGACUGCAGAAUGCACACACCUCCUAGAGCUGAUUGACAGAAACUUCAAGGAGUUGGACAGUGAGGACGAGGACUUUAUCCAUGCUUUGACCCGGAAACUGACACUGACCCGUCGCACUCGCUCUCUACCCAAAGGCAAGAACCAGAAACAAAAGGACACCCAUAAAAGCUACCCGGAGGAACAGGAGGAAGGGCUGAGCAGCCUGCAGGAGCUAAAUCGGGCGAUCGUGAAGCUCCAGGCCGAGCUUGAGCAUGAGACGGCGCUGAGAAAAAAGGUCGAGGAGGAGUGCGUUGAUGAGAGGAGGAGGAGGAGGAGGAGGAAAGAAGCAGAACAGCUGAGUCUGGAGCUCCAGGACAAAAACCACAACGCCAAAGUGCAGCAUCUUCAGCAAAUGGACGUCCUCAAGACCAUGCUCCCGGAGCAGGAGAACCUGAAGCUCAGACAAGACAUUGAGAAGCUGGGGGAGUUUUGUGUAAAACUCCAGACUGAGCUUGAGCAGGUCCACUGUAACCUUCACUCUCACACCAGAAAAUAUGAUGAGAUGAAGGUGCGCCACAGAGAAAAACUUGCAGAAGCUAAACAGGUGUAUCUCCGAGAGAUGACGUGGCGCGAUCAGAAGAUCAAGGAGCAGGAGCGAGAGAUGGACUUCCUCACAAAGCAACUUAAGAAGGAGAGCGACAUGGUGAAAACGGUAAUGGCUGAGAACGAAGCUCUGCUUCUGACAAAGAAAACGCUGCUGUGUCAGCUCAACGAAGCAGAACAGAACAGAAAAAACACAGCAGCCAAAAUUUCUGCUCUGCAGCUAAGGGUCGACUUCCUUGAGAAGGACAGCAUGCAGCAGUGGGAGAUAAACAUGGAGAAGUCCACGCAGAUUGCCAAGCUCGAGAGACGGCUGUGGGACGUGGACUCUCUAAAAAGCAAUCGGCGAAAGGUUCAUCAUCCGGAAGAUAAAAGACGGACAUGCGGAGAAACUCGGAUUCCCUGCCUGUCCGAGUCAGAGCGGCGGUUCAGAGAUGGGCUACAUGAACAUCUUUACGCACAACCUGCGGUGACGUACGCCACAAGGCCGCAAAGUGCUGCAAAAACUGUCUUUGGAUGCCCCUACUGUUUCCUCGCCCAACUCGCUCUAAAACUCCACGCAGAGACAGAGAGAGCGAGCGAUACUGCGAAUAAAAAUGACUAAAAUGACAACUCCUUCAGCGCGAGGUGUUGUGUUAUUAACGCAGUCUAACACGUAUUUCCCAGAAACCAAGGAAUGAUUAAGUGAAAGAACGGACGCGCUGAUCCGAAGAGGAUGAAGGGGGAGGGGGGAAACGGACUGGGUUCAGAUGAGCGAGAUGCGGAUGGGGAUGCUGGGAGACUCGUUCCUGGGUGGCGAGUGCUGAGUCACGAGGUGCUCCACUACUGUGUGUUUAGACAUGUGCUUCAUCAGAUAGGUCUCCUGGAAGGGGGAGGAAAUGUAAAGAAGAAUCCUUUGUCACUUCACGUACUGAUUCAUUCCAUAAUCGCAGUAAAUUCUUUGCACGAAAUUCUGUGUUCAUGAAAAUCCUGUACACAUAAGAAGACUAACCAAUGUGGCAGCAGCGCGAUGCAGAUAUACAGGUCAAGAGCUUCAGUUAAUGUUUACACAGAAUGGUACGAAAAACAAAAAAACAUCCUGUAAACAGAGGGGAUGCAGGCAUUGUUGAUGUGAGAGAUGAGAGGAACAAUCACUCUUUACAACCGUGAUGUAAAGAGCACAACACAUCCUACAACUGGAGUCUGUGCCCAUGAUAGCCUCAGAUUCUUGGCUGACAGGAGAGGAACCUGGUGUGGUUUUCUGCUAUUGUAGCUCGUCUACCUCAAGGUUUCAUGUGUUGCGCAGGCUGAGAUGUUUUCCUGCUCAUCACGGUUGUAAAGAGUGAUUAUAUGAGUUACUAUAUCCUUCCUGGCAACUCAAACCAAUCCGGUUAUUUUCCUCUGACCCUCUCUCAUCAACAAGGCGUGCUCACUCAGUGUUUUUUGCACUGUUCUGUGUAAGCUCUACAGACUGUUGUGUGUGAAAAUCCCAGAUGAUCAGCAGUUUUGGAAAUGCUCAACCCAGCCCCUCUGGUACCUACAACCAUUCCAAGUUUAAAGUCACCCUUUAGACAUCAGACGUUCUUCAUUCUGAUGUUUGACGUGAAUGUUAACUGGAGCACUUGACCUGCAUCUGCAUGAUUUAUUUAUUUUUUUUAAUUGUCUUGCUGCCACACGAAUGUGCAAGUGUUCCUAAUAAAGUGGACAGUGAGUGUAUAUUUACAUUUUUUUAAGACGAAACUAAUCAUUCCGUUACGACAAAAGAAACGGUGCCGUAUGAACAGAGAACAGGUCGGUCUUAGGAAGAUUUAGCACUCACUUAUUUUUAUACUUUAAUACAGAAAACAAUGUAGGAGCGACGCUUCCUUCUUCCAAUUUUAUACUUAUGUAUUAAUCUAGACCGUUUUCUCUUUAGUGUCUGAAAAAGAAUAGAAAAAACCCACCUCUAAUGUAGCAUUCCUGUUGUAGAUUAGAAAAGGGGUUUAAAUGUAAAGUCGUAGUUUUCGAUUUGAGACGCAGCUACUGACGACAAUCACGACGAUAGUGUAAAAGUUCUAAAGAAAAACUAACAGCUCACCUGUGUGUUUAAGGUGAAAUCGAGACUUUUUGGCUCUGACCUGGCCUCUAGUGGAUCUUUUUUAAUCCACAGUACAAAAGGUACACAGAUGAAUAUAAUACAGCUUAUAGCGAAAUACUGAAAGUCCUGUAUCUCUAUGCUGUGCUAUUCAUUUCAUUCUGUAUCAGACCGUUACCAGAAUUAAUCACUCACUCUAUGUGGACUAAGGAUUACAUAUUUCCUGCACAUCACUCCACGCUGUAAGCGAUUUAAAGCUGUCGUUAUAGUACUUACGGAGGUGUAGGCUCGGCCACACAUGCUGCAGCAGUAUGCCUUGGCAUUUUUGAUGGCGUGAGCGGCUAAGUGAAUCUGCAGGGAGGCCGAGUCGGAGUAGGCGCGGUAGCAGUGGGAGCACUUGUAAGGCUUGUCUUUAUUAUGUGACCUCUGGUGAGACUACAAGACGAAUGAGAAACGCAAACACAACACGUGACCGUUAAAAUGUUACAAAUAACGAUAAAACACACAACCUUAAUUUUCACCUUAGCUCAUGACAACAAUCACGUUGAUGGCGUAAAGUAUAUAUAUAUUAAUAU